CUCCCCUAAAACCUCUUCCUGCCUCAUCCUCCGAGAGCAAGAACCCUAGCUUCUCUGCUCAAAGGUUUAAACUUCAUGAUGACAUGUUGAAUCUCUUCAACUUCGAUGGCGAUUUCCAGUGUGGGUUUCGCUUGCAGAUCCUAUUUGCCUGUUCGUAAUCGGACGCUCCAGCAUCACUGCUUAAGAAAGAUUCGGUUCAACGCUGUUUCUGCUGCAGCGAAUGAGACAGUGGAGGGGCCAGAUGGUUUCGCCAAGGUCGGUGAUCGUCAAGACAAAGUUGCUGAUGCAACAAGGGAUCGUGAGUGGAAGCAGUUGAGCUCGAAAGACCUUGGUAUAAGCAGUUCGAUGAUUGAUAAGCCCACAAGACAAGUGUUUAAUGGCCUUAAGAGUAAAGGACAUGAUGUUUACCUUGUGGGAGGCUGUGUAAGGGAUCUUAUUCUGAAGCGGACACCACGAGACUUCGAUAUACUCACUUCUGCUGAACUUAGAGAGGUGGUUCGGACCUUCUCAAGAUGUGAAAUUGUUGGAAGAAGGUUUCCUAUAUGUCACGUACACGUUGGUGAUGAUGAUAUAGUUGAGGUUUCGAGUUUUAGUACAUCCGCACAGAAUUCUUCGAGAAACAUGAGAAGUGAGCUCAGAGAAUCCACUGGCUCAGAUGGUGACGAGGAUUGUAUCCGUUUGAAUAACUGUUUGCAGCGUGAUUUCACUAUUAAUGGGUUGAUGUUUGAUCCAUAUGCCAAAGUCGUGUAUGACUACCUGGGAGGAAUUGAAGAUAUUAGAAAAGCUAAAGUUCGUACAGUGAUUCACGCUGGCACAUCAUUUCAACAAGACUGUGCUCGGAUUCUUCGUGCAAUAAGAGUUGCUGCACGUUUAGGUUUUAGAAUUUCCAAGGAAACAGCUCAUUUUAUCAAGCACCUUUCUUUCCUGGUACAAAGACUUGACAAGGGAAGGAUAUUGAUGGAAAUGAAUUACAUGUUAGCUUAUGGAUCAGCAGAAGCUUCUUUGAGAUUGCUGUGGAAAUUUGGAAUAUUAGAAAUUAUUCUACCAAUUCAGGCAGCAUAUCUUGCACGGAGUGGUUUCAAGAGACGUGACAAAAGGACUAACAUGCUUCUGUCUCUCUUUGCUAAUUUGGAUAAGUUGUUAGCGCCUGAUAGACCUUGUCACAGCAGCUUAUGGAUAGCAAUCUUGGCGUUUCACAAAGCACUCUCCGAUCAACCUCGAAGUCCUUUAGUGGUAGCCGCGUUUAGCCUUGCUGUUCACAACGGCGGAGACAUUCUAGAAGCUGCAAAAAUCGCAAAGAAGAUCACAAGGCCACACGAUAGCAGCUUCUUCGAGCUAGUACAAGAGCCCGAGAAGAAGGAGAACAUCAAGUUUCAAACACUAUUGGACGAGGUCAUGGAUCUUGAUGCAUCUGUCAAAGACGCUUUAAACCAGAUGACGGAUGGGUAUUAUAUUUCUAAAGCUAUGGCAGCUUACCCUCAAGCACCGUUUUCAGAUAUGGUGUUUAUUCCGUUGCAGUUGUACCUUAGAGCAGGGAGAAUCUUCGAGUGUGUGAAAGAAGAGAGGCGAAUGGGAGUUGAGGCGAAGCAAGGAAGCAAGAUUGAGUAUGCUGCGUUGUAUUCAGGGGAUGUUCCGGAGACUCGGCAUGUGUUUGCGAGGGUUGUCUUCGAUACUGUGUUUCCGUUGAACCUAUCUCAAGAGUUGUAAACAAAGCUCUGCGUAGAGUUCGUUGGAGUUUAAUUGGUCAAAUGACAUAUCUACCCCUAUGAAUUGAAAAAAAGGCUUUUGUAGUAAAGAGUUGAUGAAAAUUUUAAUGUUAAUUGUUGUUUUUU